GCGAUGUCGAUGACAAUAGCGGGGGCGAGAGCGAGAGCGAUGGCGAAGGCAAACCCCUUCUUAUUAUUAUUUUUAUGCUUUCUCUCUCUGUCGUCUUUCUCUCUCUUCUUCUUCGUCUGCCUUUUACCAAAGUCCGUUUGACCACCGCAUCCAUUCCUCUCCCUCCCUUCUUCUUCCCGGCUUCCUCCCCUUUGCCUUUACCUAUCAUCGUUUUCGCCUCCCAAUUCCAAUCUCCAUCUUCAUCUCCCUCCCAAUAUCUCCACCGCUUUCCUUGCCUGUAAUUUCGUUACUCUCAAUUCAUUGAUCAUCGACGCUAAUCUCGUUCCUUGUGUUGCUUUCCAACAAGUCCUUGAUUUGCUCGAGGAGGAGACCAUAGCCAUAACAAUCGAGAAGCUUGGUUCCUUUUGUUCUGUUUGCGAGAAAUGGGAAGCUGUUUCUCCACCACAAAGGUGAGUGGUUCCAACAGCAACACACCUUCCACCACCGCCGUCGAGACUGCCCGCCCUGUGCCGCCCAAGCGCCCUUCAUCCACGACGCCCUACGCGUUUGCGCUGCGGAAAAAGGAUGGGGCGGGAGAAAACGACAAAACUCGACAGCAGCGGAAGCAUUCGCAGCAGAUUAGUAAAAACAAUUCGAAGCGACCGAAUGGAAUGGUUCCCUGCGGGAAACGAACGGAUUUCGGAUACGAUAAGGAUUUCGACAAGCGAUACACGAUUGGGAAAUUGCUUGGGCAUGGCCAAUUUGGUUACACCUAUGUUGCUGUUGAUAAGUCCAAUGGAGAUCGUGUUGCCGUCAAGAGAAUCGACAAGAACAAGAUGGUUCUUCCCAUUGCCGUUGAGGAUGUAAAGCGGGAAGUCAAGAUAUUAAAAGCAUUAGCUGGACACGAGAAUGUUGUCCACUUCUACAACGCUUUCGAAGACAACACAUAUGUAUAUAUAGUGAUGGAGUUGUGCGAGGGUGGAGAAUUGCUUGACCGUAUCUUAUCGAAAAAACUAAUAUCUUUUAACAGAAAGGAAAGCCGUUACACGGAAAAAGAUGCUGCUAUUGUUGUUAGGCAGAUGCUAAAAGUUGCAGCCGAGUGCCAUUUGCACGGUUUUGUACACCGAGACAUGAAGCCGGAGAAUUUUCUAUUUAAGUCUACAAAAGAGGAUUCACCGCUGAAGGCGACAGAUUUUGGCCUUUCUGACAUCAUACGGCCAGGAAAGAGAUUUCAAGACAUUGUCGGGAGUGCAUAUUAUGUUGCUCCGGAGGUCUUGAAGCGUAAAUCCGGUCCCGAAUCAGACGUAUGGAGCAUUGGUGUCAUUACUUACAUUUUACUUUGUGGUCGGCGGCCUUUCUGGGACAAAACUGAAGACGGUAUAUUUAAAGAGGUUCUCAGGAGCAAACCUGACUUUCGGCGCAAACCCUGGUCAGGAAUAAGCAAUGCUGCUAAAGAUUUUGUAAGGAAGUUGCUCGUGAAAAAUCCUCGUGCAAGACUUACAGCCGCCCAGGCCUUAUCACAUCCAUGGGUUCGGGAAGGAGGAGAAGCCUCGGAGAUUCCUCUAGACAUCUCUGUUCUAUCCAACAUGAGGCAAUUUGUGAAGUAUAGUCGAUUUAAACAGUUCGCUCUUCGGGCAUUAGCGAGCACGCUUGAUGACGAGGAGCUUGCUGAUCUUCGAGAUCAGUUCGAUGCUAUCGAUGUGGAUAAAAAUGGUGUCAUAAGUCUCGAGGAAAUGCGACAGGCCAUGGAGAAGGAUCUUCCGUGGAAAAUGAAGGACUCCCGAGUUCUUGAAAUCCUUCAAGCGAUUGAUAGCAACACCGACGGGCUCGUCGACUUUCCAGAGUUCGUUGCAGCAACUCUACAUGUCCACCAAUUGGAAGAGCACAACUCCGAAAAAUGGCAGCAGCGAUCGCAGGCUGCUUUCGAAAAAUUCGAUGUCGACAGAGACGGAUUCAUAACCCCCGAAGAACUUAAAAUGCACACUGGUCUGAAGGGCUCGAUCGACCCACUUCUCGAAGAAGCGGAUAUCGACAAAGAUGGGAGAAUCAGCUUACCCGAAUUCCGUAGACUCUUGAGAACAGCCAGCAUGGGUUCCCAUGUGAAUAGUCCUCGAAUUCGAGGACCUCCGAAGAAGAUGUAACUUCACGAUAGCGAUAAUGUAACGGCGUGCGAGAAUUCUCAGGUAUUGUAUUUCCGUGAGCUUGUGUUCGUUCUUGUACGCUCUGUGAAUCCCCGUGAAGGGUUGUUGUAGGGAGUCGGGUUGCUAAGCGCCUGUUGUGCCGUCGUUAUUGAAACAUGGAGUGAGUACGAAACGACGCUGUAAAUUCCGUGGGGGUGGGUCGUAGAUCGUGCCCUUUACAAUAUGUUCGACACGUUUAUUGUCAGCAAUGAGAGAGACUGUUGUCGAGACAUUCGACAAAUAUCGUGUGGAUAUACUGUAUAUGUUAUUUUCGACGAGAAGAUUGGAGACGAAGAGGCUAUCGGGUCGGUUCUCCGAUCGAAGCCGACGAUGUAAAGUUGGUCGGCAUGUCGUCGUCCGUCGUCUUCUUCCUCGUCUGGUAUUAUGGAAGAGAGCUGAAAUUCUUGCCAUGGAA